AAAAAUCUCCACCAUGAUUUUUCUGCACCCAUGGUAGGAUGACUGACUGACUGCUUGGGGCAACUGUGAGUUUCCAUGGUUGGGUGAGAGUGUGUGUGCACUUUCAAAGCUGUAUGGGUUUGCAUCGAGCUGUAGAAAAUCCCAGACCCCUCUGUCAUCGCUUCCUGAUCUGGAACCUGUGCCGAGUCCUGCCGCUUCCGAAACCAUUUCUGCAUCCCGAUCGAACACGUCCGCCGGAAUGGAAAACCACAAGACGAUCAACGGCCAUUCCUCCCUUUCUCCCCGGGACCGGUUCUUGCAGUUCUGGCCGCAGGUUAAGAAGGAUGUGGUCGAGUCAGCACGGCUCGAAAAUCUACCCUCCGAUGCCUUGGAUUGGUUCGAAGCUAACUUGGAAUAUAAUACUCCUGGUGGCAAAUUAAAUCGAGGGACAUCAGUGGUGGAUACUCUUCAAAUUUUGAAAGGGCGUGAACUCGACUCAAAGGAAUACCAUUCAGCUGCUGUCUUGGGCUGGUGUGUUGAGCUGCUCCAAGCGUACUUCCUCGUGGCCGAUGAUAUGAUGGACCACAGCUUGACGCGGAGAGGACAGCCGUGUUGGUAUAAAGCACCCAAAGUUGGAAACAUCGCGAUCAACGAUUCGUUCAUGUUGGAAGCUUCAAUCUACGUCUUACUGAAGAAACACUUCCGUAAUCAUCCGGCUUAUGUUACCCUUCUUGAAUUGUUCCAUGAUACCACCUACCAAACCGAAUUAGGUCAACUAGUCGAUUUAUUAACCGCUCCUGAAGAUUCUGUUGACUUGUCAAAGUUUUCGGUAGAGAAACACCAUCUCAUCGUAGUUUACAAAACCUCAUUUUAUUCGUUCUACUUGCCUGUGGCAUUGGCAAUGAGGCUACAUGGAAUCACCUCGCCCUCUGAUCCAGGGUCGACCGGAAGCUCAUCGAUCGACCUCUAUAAACAAGCCAUGGAUAUUCUAUUGCCGCUCGGCGAAUACUUCCAAGUUCAGGACGACUACUUGGAUUGCUAUGGCGACUCGGAGGUGAUCGGAAAGGUCGGAACAGACAUUGUCGAUAAUAAAUGCUCUUGGAAUAUCAACGUCGCUCUGAAGUAUUGCACUCCAGAACAGAGGAAGAUUUUGGAGUCACAUUAUGGACGAAAGGACAAAACGAGUGAAGAAAAAGUGAAAGAGAUUUUCAAAUCCAAGGAAGUCAAUUUGACAGAAAGAUUCAACAAAUUCGAGGAAGAAUCGUUCACCAAAUUGAACGGCUUAAUCGACCAAAUCGACGAGACUUUGGGCCUCAAAAAAGAUCUUUUCCGUGCCUUCUUAGCCAAGAUCUAUAAACGCAUCAAAUGAACUUCAUCUCGCACCUUUUGUAUUAAACAGACCUCGAUACUAUAUCAAUAUGCCUAUAUACCAAGACCUACUAUGCGACCUUAGUUUAUUUCGCUGAUUUUAAUAGUACAUGGUUCAAACGUUUGAUCGACUUCUUGUUUGUUUGUUUCUUGCUUUUGAUUACACAAAAGGUGACAAAGCUUCUUGGAUCACAUAAUAGAUUACAUUAUCCAUACAAAAUACAAGUAGAUAGAUCAAGUAAUAGAUAAAAAAGAAGCAAGAAGUGAAGAAAGCGCAUUGAUCUGGUUUACACACGAAUCAAGAGGCCUGGAGAAAGGAAGGACUGCUCAGGUAGUGAAUUGAUGUUUAUCAAGCGUCACUUGAAAGAUAUUUUAAAGCUUUCGG